UGUAUCUGUGUUAAAAAUCGUAUUUCGCGUUCGUGUCGUGAACCGACUGGACACAUGACGUUUUGACGUUAUCGCCGUGAAGUAAACCGAAAAUAUUAUUAUUAAAAAACAACGGGUAGUUUUUGCCUUAUUCGACUAUCAUUGUUACAGAAUAUGGGUUGAUAUUCAAAUUCGAUAAAAUUAUCGGCCGCGGUACGAUCUGAAAUAUUGUAAAUUAGUAAACCGUUCGUCGAUUGAACAGUUUUUUGGUUCAUGUUACUCGUGUUAGUUGAUUGUGCAUCGUAGCUCAGUGGGCAGAGACCAAAGAUGGCAGACCAUAAUUAUUGUGAUAAUGAGAAUGUAUUAAAAUUCACUGAACCAUCUAUUAGUGACAAUUAUGAAUCAAAAUGUGUAAUAUCCAUGUCAGAUGAUCCUGAAUGUGGAGAAGUCCCUAAAUCUGGCCCUCAGACAAGGCUUAAAUCAAAAAUAAAGUUGGAACAAUCUCAAUCCACUUGGUCACCAGUUCGCACUGCUCCAGGUUUACGACCAAAUUGCACAAUAUUUUAUGAUGGAAAUGGAUUUGCUUACCAUAACCAUAAAAUUGCAAAUAACAAAAAGUAUUUAAAAUGUACACAAAAAAGUAUUAAAAAGAAACCAUGUCCAGCUAGAGCAGUUAUAAGAAAUCAUGACAACAUGAUUCGCCAUUCAGGAGAAUCACACACGCAUAAGCCAAGAAACUAUGAUGAAGAUUUAUUAAAGAGAAACUUUUUAAUGAAAAUUAGAGAAAGAGCAAUCAAUGAGGACACACCUAAUAGAGCAAUUUUUGAUGAAGAAAUAAAAAAAACUCCAAAACUAAGAGGUAAAGUUACCUUUUCGAGUACUGCAAGAAGGAUGCAGAGAUUUCGCCAACCACAAAAAAUGCAAGGCCCACUCUUUCCUAUAGAAGACAAUGAACUUAUUGAUGCAAUAAAUGAUUUUAAAAAUAUUCCACAUGAAGAAAGUACUACUAACGAUAAUCAAGAGUGCAAACCUGAUAUAACGUUUGAUGCAGAGAAUCAUAAUCAAGAGUGCAAACUUGAUAUAAUGGUUGAUGCAGAGAAUCAUAAUCAAGAGUGCAAACCAGAUAUUACGGUUGAUGCAGAGAAUCAUAAUCAAGAAUGCAAACCUGAUAUAACGUUUGAUGCAGAGAAUCAUAUGGAAGUGAUAGAAAUCGAUGACAUUGAUAUGGAGAGUAAUGAAUAUACUGAUGAGAUUGAAAGUGAAGCUUUCAAUGAAAAAGAUGACAAGGAGAACAUUAAAAAUAUUAAAAAAGAAAAAAAUAAAACUGUGAAUAUGUUUUGUUGUAUUUACUGUAAUAAAUGGCAAGAACCUCAACUUUUUGAAUUUGUACCUAAUCAAAAAUCUAAAACAAUUGAAUUAAAAGAAAAUAUAGAGAAAAAAAAUGUAACAUCACCUAUUGAUCGUUCUAGUCCAGUAACUAUUGAUAAUUCUUCUGAAAAUAUAUUAAAUAAUAAUCAAACUUCUACUCUUGAAUAUUCUGAAGUUCAUGAAGACGUAUCUCAAAAUAAUGAUGAUAAUAAAGACACAUGUAAACAAGAAAAUGGUAAUGUAGAUGCAAGUACUGAUGUUCCAGAAACUGCUAAUCUAGAGACACCAGAAUUAUGUGAAUCAUCUACUCAAGAAAAAAAAAAAAAAGUUGAACGUAAAUUAGGAUUUUUACAAAUGCGAAUUGAUUCAACAAUAUAUUUUGAUAAUAUGGGUUAUAGUUAUCAAAUACAAAAUGAAAAAAAUGAUAAAAAGUACUUAAGAUGUGUUGUUUGGGGUAAAAAGAAAUGUCCAGGACGAGCUCAUUUAAACAUAAAAACAUUGAAUAUUAUUAGAUCUAGAGGUCACAAUCAUUUACCAUCAUCUAAUUGUGAUGCUGAAAAACAAGCUAGAGCAUUUUUGCAUGCUAUUAAACAAAGAGCUCAGGAAGAAAAUACUCCCUUAAAAACUAUUUAUGCAGAAGAAAUAAAAAACUUUCCUCUUGCUAGUACUGUGGUUAAUUAUGCAAAUGCUACCAGACGAAUGCAACGAACAAGGAGAUUAAAAAAUCAACCUAGCACAGUAUUAAAAAAAGAACCACCAUUACUAUUAUCUCUCCAAGUGAUACCGGGUACUCGACGUGGUACAUCUUUAUAUUUGGAUGAGCUAGGUUAUUAUUACCAUAAUGAUACAUUAACCAACAGUGGAAAAAUAGUGAGAUGUACCAAAAAUAGAAAAACAGCAACUGAUGAAGCAUGUCAUUCGAGAGGAUAUAUGCGUGCUUCUGGAGAUGGAUUUGUUAUUUAUAGAACUAAAGAGCAUAACCAUCCGCCAGUAGAUCUAAAGAGAAAUCCAUUAGAACGAUCAUUCAUUAAUACUUUAUGUGAACGAGCGCGAAAUGAGCUUCACUUGGGUCUCAAAGAUAUUUACAAUGAAGAAGUUGAAAGGUUUCUUGACGUAGCUGAUAAAAUUCCUUAUCGAAUGGCAUGGCGUAGUAUGGCUAGAACAAGACAACCUCCUAAAGCAUUUGGGGAAGUUAAACUAGUUAGUGUGAAAGUUAUUUCAGGAAUUUGGGAUGGAUACACACUAUAUAGAGAUGAAAUAGGAUUUUUAUAUUCAAUGAGGAAAGGAAGAAAAUUUGCUUGGUGUCAAAUGAAUACAAAAUUAAAAUGUUUAGUUAAAGGCUCAAUAUCAGUUGAGAAUGAUACCACAAUGUUAGAGUUUACUGGAGAACAUAAUCAUCCACCAUUGGGUGAUGAUGAGUUUCAAGCAGCUAUAUUUCUUGAAAAAAUAAUGCUGAAGUGUUUAGAAGAUGAUAGUAAACCAAAGAAAUUGUAUGAUGAAGAAUUAGUUAACUUUCCUGGUGUUGAAAAACGUGUUUCAUUGUCAUAUGCACGUGAAAAAAUAAAAGCUAGGAGAAAAAGUGCUUUGAAAAAAAAUACAACACAUGAAAUGUUAGAAACUAUUUGUGAACCAUUGCAAUAUGUUGAAUUUUGGGAUGAUGACCAUAACUCUAUCGACGAUGAUAAUUUUACUGAAGAUAUUUAUUCUGAUGAUAAUGAUGAUUUUAGUGAAAAGUCCAAGGAUUCUGAUAAUAUUUACUCGGAUGAAAACGGAUUUAAAUUUUCUUUAGUCAGUGUAAAAGAUGAAACUAGAUAUUUAGAGUGUAUUAUGAAGUAUAAUGGAUGUGAUGCCAAAGGAGAAAUGUUUAAAGGUGAAAAUGAUGAGUGGCUAUUUGUUCUUCAUGGUUGUGGGAAUCACAACCAUUUACCUGAUGAAGAUCAAUCAAAUGAUAUACACAAAUUUGAAUAUAAGUCAACAGAUGAUUAAGAUACUUUUAUUUACUAUUAUCCCUAAUAUAUCUUAAUUUUUUUUUGCUUAUA